AUGUCGUCUGCCGAAGAAGUCCAAGCACGUCUCAAGAAGCUCGGCCUGAGCGCCCGAACUGGUACUGGAAAGGGUACCCCCCGACGAAAGGUCAAGCGUGCGCCCGCCCGCUCCGGUGCCGACGACAAGAAGCUUCAGCUCGCCCUUAAGAAGCUGAACACUCAGCCCAUCCAGGCUAUUGAGGAGGUGAACAUGUUCAAGCAGGACGGAAACGUCAUUCACUUCGCUGCUCCCAAGGUUCACGCUGCUGUUCCUUCCAACACCUUUGCCAUCUAUGGUAACGGUGAGGACAAGGAGCUCACCGAGCUUGUCCCCGGUAUCCUUAACCAGCUCGGCCCCGACUCCCUCGCUUCUCUGCGCAAGCUCGCCGAGAGCUACCAGAACCUCCAGAAGGAGAAGGGCGAGGACGAUGACGAGAUCCCCGACUUGGUCGAGGGCGAGAACUUCGAGAACGAGCCCAAGGUCGAGUAA